AUGCCACCAACCAUCAUCCUCAUCCCCGGUGCCUGGCUCACUCCCACCUUCUACCAACCCUUCCUGAGAACCCUCACCUCCGCCGGCUAUCCAACCCACUACGCCGCCUAUCCCUCCCUGGACCCCUCCAACCCCCACACCGCUGACUGUCAGACAGACACGAACGCCAUCACCACCACCACCACCCCUUUCAUCGACGCCGGCCAAGAUGUGAUUCUCUUCAUGCAUUCGUAUGCCGGAAUGCCCGGAUCAGCAGCGGCGGCAGUCACGGACUUGGCUAAACCAUCUCGAUCGAGACAAGGCAAGAAAGGCGGGAUUCUGGGACUAGUGUUCCUGGCUGGGUUUCUCGUGCCGGAGGGCGUGAGUUGUACGGGGGCUCAGGGUGGUAACUUGCCGAAUUGGAUUUUGCUGGAUCAGCCAGCGCCGGAUUUGAACGUCCCUGAUGAUGUGAUAAACACCUUUGCGGGGGAUGUUGAUCCACACUUGGUGGCUGGUCUGGAAGAGAAUGUCAAGCCUCAUUCUACGUUGGCAUUCCGGUCUGCUCAGCCACAUCCUGCGUGGGCUGAUGAGGCCUUUGCGGGUCGAUUGGCGUUCAUCGUUACGACUGAAGAUAAGGCUAUAUCCAAGGAAGCGCAGUAUGGGAUGAUGGCAGCAACGGGAAAGGAAUAUAUCGUCAAAGAGAUGAAAUGCAGCCACUGCAGUCCAUUUAUUGACCGAGUCGACGAGACAAUCUACCUACUACAAGAGAUACAGACUAUCUUCAAACAUGCCGAGUAA